AUUAAAUGUAUUAUCUUAUAUUAUUUAUGUAGUUUUCAAGGAAAUAAACUACUACUAAAAUAUGGUUUUGUGUUUUGCUAGAAUUGAGUUACGGUAGAGCUCCCAGUUCCGGCUUAUGCACUGCUUUGCGAUCUAAUAGGCUGAGUUGCGUUCAGGGGGCGUGGCUUCCAUUCUUCAUCCAUCAGCUCGGCCCUUUCCCAUCCUGCUGCGGGCUCUUCAGGCGAGGCGAGUGGAGAGCAUCUCUUGUGGAGAGUCGGGACUGGAGAGUGGUCGACAUGACGGCCAGCAUCAGAUACAAGAGCCGUAUUCCGGUCAAAACGGAGGACAGCGCCGAAGAGAAACAGUAUGUGGGUUUCGCCACUCUACCCAACCAAGUCCACAGGAAGUCGGUGAAGAAAGGCUUUGACUUUACUCUCAUGGUAGCAGGCGAGUCCGGCAUGGGCAAAUCCACAUUGGUCAACAGCUUGUUCCUCACAGACCUCUACAAGGACAGGAAGCUGCUGAAUGCUGAGGAGCGCAUCAACCAGACAGUGGAGAUCAUCAAACACACGGUUGACAUCGAGGAGAAAGGAGUCAAGCUCAAGCUGACCAUUGUGGACACGCCGGGCUUCGGUGACGCCGUCAACAACAAUGAGUGCUGGAGGCCCAUCACAGACUACAUUGAUCAGCAGUUUGAGCAGUACUUCCGUGAUGAGAGCGGCCUCAACAGGAAGAACAUCCAGGACAAUCGUGUCCACUGCUGCCUCUAUUUCAUCCCGCCAUUUGGUCACGGAUUGCGUCCAGUGGAUGUUGAGUUCAUGAAAGCCCUGCAUGAAAAGGUGAACAUCAUCCCGCUCAUUGCCAAAGCAGACUGCCUCACUCCCAACGAGAUCAAGAAGCUGAAGGACCGAAUACGAGAGGAAAUAGACAAGUUUGGCAUCAAAGUCUACCAGUUCCCUGAAUGCGACUCGGAUGAGGAUGAGGAGUUUAAACAGUUGGACAAAGAGCUAAAGGAGUGCACUCCAUUUGCUGUGAUUGGCAGUAACACAGUGGUGGAGGCUCGAGGGCAGCGAGUCCGAGGGCGACUUUACCCUUGGGGCAUCGUUGAAGUGGAGAACCAGUCCCACUGUGACUUUGUCAAGCUGAGGAACAUGCUGAUCCGCUCGCACAUGCACGACCUCAAAGACGUGACCUGCGACGUCCAUUAUGAAAACUACAGAGCGCAGUGUAUACAGGAGAUGACCAGUAAACUGUCUCAGGACAACCGUAUGGAGAGUCCCAUUCCCAUCCUGCCGUUGUCCACCCCGGAUGUGGACACUGAAAAAUUGAUAAAAAUGAAAGAUGAGGAGUUGAAGAGGAUGCAGGAGAUGCUGACCAAGAUGCAGCAGCAGAUGCAUGAGAAAGACUAGUGUUUGUCUGUGCUCCAGCCGCCACCUGCUGUCCCCUUGAACAACAACGCCAGAUUUUGAACGCAACGCAACAUUGUUUUUGGAGUAGCUGUACAUUUAUCUUCAAUGAGUUUGGUGCUUUUGUACAGGUCGUCUGCCUUUUUUUUGUUUGUUUCCCACCUCCCCCAAGCUGUGGUUUAACAACAUUCUAGUGUAUGAUAAAUGCCUAAUUUAAAUCACGAAUCAGUGUAUCUAAUUUAUAUUAAAAAAAAUGCUAGCCUUUACGGAUACUUUGUCAGGGUAUUUGCAAGAUGUUUUCUUGGUGAAAUUUGAAUUUUUUAUUCUGUGAAAGUGUGUGUGUGAGCGUGUGUGAGUCUCUUCUUGUGUCCAUACCUUUCUAAUUUGUCUUUGUACUUCAGAUGUUCAUAAACUUUAAUUUAUAUCAUGUCAAGAAUAUCUUUAGUCAGCUUUUUUUUCCAAGCUGAGCUAAAAAUGCACUUAAUGCCAGAGGUCAAAGGUGUUAACUGUGAACGCACAUAAUAAUAAUUAUUAUUAUGAUGAGAGGUUGCUUGUGUAAGCAUGCUGCCGCUACUCGUAUGUGCUUGUUACUCCUUACUGCUUCAUGGAUAACAUUUACGCUUUUUUUUUGGUUUUGCUUCAGUUUUUUUUAAUCCUUGAAAGCGUGUUACUGAAUUCUGCCCACAAAGAAGAACAGUGCGAGUGAGUGAAAAUAAAGGAAAAAGUGCAUCUUCUGUCCAAAAUGACAAAUAAACAUGUUUUUCCUCA